CCACCGCCUGUCCUUCCCCCUCCUCCUCCCUCUCGCGCCUUCUUCCUUUCUCGCUUCUCUCCUCCAGGGUCAGACUGUGCUCACUUGAUUUCAGGCAAACACCACCAACACCCCCAGCAGCUCCAGAAGCUCAAUCAGCAACAGCGGAGGGAAGGCCCGGGAGCUGCCUGCAGCCAUGUCGGCCCUCAACCUGAUCAUUCUGGGCCUGCUCGCUUCAGUGCCACCUGCCAGCUGUCAACAAGGCUUGGGGAAGCUGCAGCCCUGGAUGCAGGGCCUCAUCGCAGUGGCCGUGUUCCUGGUGCUCGUUGCAAUUGCUUUUGCCGUUAACCACUUCUGGUGCCAGGAAGAGCCGGAGCCUGGAAACAUGGUCAUGACAGUUGGGAACAAGGCAGAUGGGAUCCUGGUGGGAACGGAUGGAAGGUACUCCUCCAUGGUGGCCAGCUUCAGGUCCAGUGAGCACAAGAAUGCCUAUGAGAACGUCCUCGAGGAGGAGGGCAGGGUCCGCAGCACCCCCAUGUGACCUGGCCCACCCGAGACUCUCGGGCACCUGAGAUUGAGGCUGAACACCACCACCCAGCCGCUGCCUUCUCUGUGCAGGAAUCUACAAUCCAAUCAAGGACUGACUUCGCCAGGCCUCCCUUGAAUUCCAGCCAGUCAAGGUUGGGACUCAGACCAUGUCCAGGUUGGCUGCUGGUGUGGCCCGGGGUCUUCCUGGAUGCCUCCCACCCAAUUCAGAAGAGCCAUGGAAAACACAGCCAGUUUAGCCUCCCACACUGCCUCCCAUCCUCCCUCAUAACUAUGGAAAUGACCCUUAUUUCUGUGAAAUAAAGACUUUUUGUACUUCUGGGGCUGAGGCUCAGAAACAGCCCCUCAGGCUUCCAGGGA